GAUGAUCUUUCCAAGGACCAGGUUCAACUCCUGAAGAAGGCCUUCGAUGCCUUCGACCAGGCCAAGACUGGCUGCAUCCCCACCACCAUGGUGGGCACCAUCCUCGAGAUGUUGGGCCACGGUGUCACCGACAAGGUCCUCGAGGAGAUCAUCGCCGAGGUUGACGCCGACGGCUCCGGCGAGCUGGAGUUCGAGGAGUUCGUCACCCUGGCCUCCCGGUUCCUCGUUGAGGAGGACAGCGAAGCCAUGCAGCAGGAGCUGAGGGAGGCCUUCAGGCUCUACGACAAGGAGGGUAACGGCUACAUCACCACCCAGGUGCUCCGUGAGAUUCUCCAGGAGCUGGACGACAAGGUGACCGCCGAGGAGCUGGACAUGAUGAUCCAGGAAAUUGACUCUGACGGCUCAGGCACCGUGGACUUUGACGAGUUCAUGGAGGUCAUGACCGGAGGUGAAGACUGAACACAACAACCCUUGGCAGCGCUCCGUGUCUGUUGGUCCGGGAGAGCGGGACCUCCGCCGCCCAGCCGGCAAAAGCAUCUCAUGUCAUCCUUCAUAGCAUUUACGCCAUAUUUCACCUCCGUAAACUCGUUAUUGCUCAUUUCAUUCAUCGUCAUUGGUCAUUAUCAUCAUCAUCAUCAUUUCUUUUAAAAAAAUAUUAACGUAAUUAAAACCAUCCGUCCACAAAAGAUUUAUCUGUCUCCCUCUAUGUCAACGUUGAGAGAAAAAAAAAAGAAAUGCAUGAGUAAUCGAU